CGCGGUCCAUGCCAGGAUGCAGCCGUUGGUGGGGGGCGGGGGAGAGUGCUGCUACUGGGGGGACCCAGGGCCUCUCACUUAUUACGGCUCCCGGACCGGUGGCCCCAAGCUGGGCCCAACUCCACUCCCACCACCACCAUGAACAAAGUCAAAGAGUCCAAAGCAAUCAAGAUGAGACAGCGGGCCGAGGGGCGACAGAAAGUGCACCCCAAGGUGACCAGAACCGCUUUCCAUUACCUGCUUUCGGGAUCCGGCGUCUUGAAGACCCUCAGGCUGUGUUUUGUCCUGGGAGCAGCCAUCAGCUUUAUCAUCGCACCAGCCCACGAAUCCUACAUAGCCAUCUUGCUAUUGGAAUGCUGCAUAGUUCUAUCAUUCAUUAUAAUAUAUGUGUUAGGUCUACACCACUUGUUAUUGUGCAUAUUGUGGCCAAUAUUUGAUAUUUUUAACUGUUUACUCACUGGGACUUUCCUUAUAAUUAUUGGCAUCCUGGUUCUCUGGGAAGAGGGAACUGACGAGUACAUCAUAAGUGGAGCGGCUUGUUGCUUUACCGCCGCAGGUGUGUGUAUCCUUGAGGUGGCUUGCCAGGGAGGCAGAUUAUGGUAUAAUAAAUGGAAGACAGCGGUGAAAGAUAACAGAUUAGCAGGAAAAGAUAUGAAAAAAGAAACGUCUGACACAACCGGAGAGAAGGCAGUAGCAGAAGAAAGAGGGGCAAUGGCGAUGAGGAAGUAGAAGCAGCCAGCCAUAAUGCAACCGGCACCAGCAGCACCAGCAAAGUGAACAGAGCAUCCCCUCUGAGGUUGCCAGUUUUCAAAACUGUGGUUCAGUACGCUUAAUAAUCAGUGCUCUCAAAACAUACAAACACUUC